CUUGCCGUGGGGGGGGAGCCACUUCGUGCCCUCUGGCCAAUCCACCUACUCAUGCCCAUUGUUCUUCCAACUGUUGCAGCUACUGUCUACCUGGCAUAUCGCCCUAUAGCCACAUACCUUGUUGACUAUGCUUGCUUCCGGCCUAGCCCCAACUGUCGAUUCCCAAGGGCGGCCUUACUCGAGCAUGCACAUAUGUCGACCUUCCUUGCCGAUUCUACCAUUAACUUCAUAGCACGAGUUCUUGAGCACUCCGGUCUUAGUGAUGAGACUUGUGUUCCACCGGCACUUUCUUACAUUGAGCCAUAUUGUAGUCUGGAUGAAGCCCGCGCCGAAGUAGAACUGGUCGUCUUCUCAGUGGUUGAUGAUCUACUGGCUAAGACGAGGAUUGACCUUGAUACGAUUGACAUUCUGGUCACUAACUGCAGUGUCUUUUCACCUGUUCCAUCGAUCGCCGACAUGAUUGUCAGCAGGUAUAAGCUGCGAGGUGACCUUCGCGUCAUCAACCUCUCGGGGAUGGGUUGCAGUGCAACAGUAACUGCAGUUGGGCUUGCAAGGAACAUCUUGGAGGUCAUGCCUUUUGGAUCGCAAGCGCUAGUGGUGUCAACGGAGACCAUCGGACCCAACCACUAUGCGGGUAACAACCGCUCCAUGCAGUUGGUUAAUAUCUUGUUCCGCAUGGGCGGUGCAGCCGUCCUGUUAUCGAGUUCUAGGUCCAAGGCUAGGUUCCGCCUCACACAUGUUGUGCGGACGAUCACUGCUAGCGAUGACAAUGCCUACCGGUGCGUCUACCAAGAGGAAGAUGACGAGGGAAUCAAGGGCGCCAAUCUGUCAAAGAACCUCAUGGCUAUUGCUGGAGACGCUCUCAAGGCCAACAUCACGGCCAUGGGGCCACUUGUCUUGCCUACAUCAGAGCUGAUCAAGUUUCUUCUUGUCUCCUUGGCGAGGAAGGUGUUCCUUGGGAGGAGGAUAAGGCCUUACAUUCCCAAUUUCCGUACAGCGUUCAAACACUUCUGCAUCCACGUUGGUGGACCAGCGGUGAUCAGCUCGGUACAACGUGGCCUUAAUCUAUCCGAUGAGCAUGUCGAGCCUUCACGAAUGACACUGCAUCAAUUCGGAAAUCAGUCAAGUGCAUCUGUGUGGUACGAGUUGGGAUACAUAGAAGCCAAGGGUCGAAUGCUAAAAGGUAAUAGGGUCUGGAUGAUUGGUUUCGGAGCUGGAUAUGAAUGCAACUCCGCAGUGUGGGUGUGCAUCCGUACAUGUACAUCUCACGGUGACCAUGGGCCAUGGGCUAGUUGCAUCCAUCGAUACCCACUAGAUGUGCAGAAAUAAAGUUAACUUGACUAUACUCUCACCAAGAAGAUCACAGGCAACGCAAAGAUCAUCCUCUUCACUGAUGCUUGAGGACUGCCACAAAGGAUAUGCCACUACUUAAGAAUGUGCCAUCACAGACGAUUUAGAAAAUCCAUCAUAUACAUCUUCCCGGUGACAUGGUUUAUGUCAUCACAACCUGGACAUUUUGUAAUAAAAUAAGAGAUGACUGAAAGGUUCAUAAUGUGAAAUGGUUUGUGAUUUGGUCUUUUUAUAGACAGUUCGUGCUUGAGGAAUGCCUAUGAUACUCUUUUUCAUACUGUAAUUUCUUUGUAACUUGGCUACGUUCAAGAAAUGCUAGUCAUACUCUCUUAAACAAAUGGGAUAACAAAAAAGUUGUAUCAUGUUUCUAUAAAUCGCAGAAAUACUCAUGUCUAAUCUAA